AUGGAAAAUUCCAUGUAUGAGGUGCGGUUUAAAACUUCGCCAGACUUUAGGAUAAAAAGAGCCCCGAAUUCUACCAUCGGAGAACCUUGGCCUUUACCACAGUUGUAUAAUGUUAAAUACGAUAACGUUUUUAAAAUAAAUGAAAGUUUGAGCAUUCACAUCAGGAAUUACAGUUGUGAUAUAUUACAAAAAGCAAUAGACCGAUUCAAAGUUAAUAUAUUUGAAUUUUCUUUAGAAGAAUACUAUACUAACUUUUUACAUAUUGAAGCAUCAGGAUUUCAAAACUUAAAUAAAAAGUAUCAUCAAGAUACACUAGAUAUAAAGAAGACAGGAAUUGUCCUGAGGAGUGAGGAAGUAUGGGGUGCCCUGAGGGGAAUAGAAACACUCAGUCAAGUUAUAUUUUCCUACAAAGGACAGCUAUAUGUUCGAGAUACUUCAAUACGUGAUUUUCCUCGUUUUAAGCAUAGAGGUGUACUCGUUGAUUCCGCUCGACAUUUCAUGACAAAAGAAGUUAUGCUUGAUAUUCUGGAAGGAAUGUACCAGAACAAAAUGAACGUACUACACUGGCACUUAGUUGAUGAUCAGUCAUUUCCCUACCAAAGUAAAGUAUUCCCCGAUCUAAGUAACAAGGGCGCAUAUCAUCCAUCCCUUGUAUAUACACACGAAGACAUCACUGAUAUAAUUGAGUAUGCCCGAUUACGUGGAGUACGCGUUAUACCGGAGUUUGAUACACCUGGUCAUGUAUAUGGUUGGGGAUUUGGACAUCCUGAAAUGUUAACCCAGUGUUAUGACGAACGAAAACAGAAGAUUCCUGGUUGUUAUGGACCAUUAAAUCCAGCCAGAAAUACAACAUAUCAGUUCUUAGAAAAACUUUACACAGAAAUUAUCAACAUUUUUCCAGAUAAAACUUUGCACCUUGGUAGUGAUGAAGUUCCUCUGGAAUGUUGGAAUUCGAAUCCUGAAGUUCCUAAAGACGCCAUCAUCCAAAUAUGGUUAGGAGGGGCUAGAGAAGUUUUGAGAGCAAUAGACCAAGGUUAUCGCGUUUUGUUUUCGUCUUGUUGGUAUUUGGAUAAUAUACCGCAUGGUGUUCACUGGAUGAAUUACUACAAGUGUGAACCUACAUUUAAAGAUCCUCGAGAAGACAAAAUCCUUGGAGGGGAAGUAUGUUUAUGGAGUGAAUAUAUUACCAGCGAGACUGCAAUAUCUGUACUUUGGCCCAGGGCAUCGGCAGCAGCAGAACGAUUGUGGAGUAGUUCAGCUGUUACUGACAUUGAGGCAGCUGGGAAACGGCUUCAAGAACACAGAUGUAGGAUGUUAAGGAGAGGUCUACAAGUUGGCCAAAUAAACGGUCCAGAUUAUUGUUUUCUACCGCGACAAAGGAAAGUGGUAGAAAAAGAAGACAUCCAUAGAAAAAAUUAUAACCAUGAGAAUAUCAUAAGAUUAAGUUCAAAGAAUUCAUUUUCCUGGAAAUAUAUUAACAUUAUAGAGCCAUUCGUCAUAGGAAUAUCAUUUAGCAGCAAAUAA